AUGUCUGCCGAUCUGCAACCCCUCCGCAUCGUCAUGGCCUGCGAUGAGGCUGGCCAACCAUACAAGGAAAUUAUCAAGGCCGCACUCGAGAAGAACCCUCUCGUUGCAUCCGUCACCGACGUCGGCGUCAAUUCCACCUCUGACAAGACCGCCUAUCCUCACCCUGCUGUCGCCGGCGCGGUGCUCAUCAAGGAGGGCAAGGCAGACCGUGGUCUUUUCAUCUGCGGUACCGGUCUCGGUGUCGCCAUCGCCGCCAACAAGGUUCCCAGUAUCCGCGCCGUCACGGCCCAUGAUCCCUUCUCCGUGGAGCGCGCCAUCCUGAGCAACGACGCCCAGGUUCUCUGCUUCGGCCAGCGCGUCAUCGGCAUCGAGCUGGCUAAGAAGCUUGCCAACGACUGGCUCACCUACCGCUUCGACCCCCAGAGUGCCUCGGCCGCCAAGGUCCAGGCCAUCAGCGACUACGAGAAGCAGUUUGCGACUGCUCAGUAA